AUGCGAGAGGAGAGCGGGAAAGGAAAGAUUCUUGACGGGUUCGCGCAAGACCCCCCGAGUGUCGCUUUUCCUCCUGCAACCCACCCCUCCUCACACAUCACCAUGGCCAGCACACUCAAUAUGAACGGCGAGGACCCCGUCGAACGGCCUCAGCAGAUCCGCGACAUCAUAGGAGGUCUCGAGCGGUACAACCCCCAGGCCGCUGAGGUCCUCGAGGCCUACCUCCAGCAGCAAUGUGAGGAGAAAUUCACCGACUGCAACGCCAACAGGGCACUGUUGAAGCUGUACCAGCUCAACCCAGACAGGAUCAAGGACGAGAUCGUCACCAACGUCCUCGUCAAGACAAUGACCCAGUUCCCCUCCCCUCAGUUCGACCUUGCCCUUCACCUCCUCUCCCCAUCAUACUCCAACCCCGGCCCAGGCUCCUCUUCCGACCUCGCCGAAGCUGUCGCCAAGCUUAGAACACUCAACAGCCACCUCGAGGGCGCCAGAUACGACCACUUCUGGGCCACCCUCGAGAGCGACGAUAUCUACGCGGACCUCACCACCGACAUUAAGGGUUUCGAGGAGAUCAUCCGCGUCAAGAUCGCCCAGCUCAUCAGUCUCGCCUUCCGUGAGAUCAAUAUCAGCGUCCUCGAAAGCUACCUCGGUCUCCGCAGCGAAGCCGAGGUCAAGACCUUUGUCACCGAGACCUGCGGCUGGAAGGUCGGUGACGACGGCAUCGUUCACAUUCCUAAGAACUCUGAGAACGAGGCCAAAAAGACCGAGAUCCGCGAGGACGUCUCCAUUGACAUGUUCAGCCGUGUCAUCAAGAGGAGCUGGGAGGAGAAUGCUUAA